GGAGAGAGGAUAUCAGAAUCCAUAAUUCAACGAAAAAGUAAAACUUGUAAAUCUUUGAGACCGUGAUGAUUAGUUUAUCUUUUAGUGGUCUAAUUCGCUCUUUUUAUUUUACAUACACCUAUCAUAAAGUACUAUCGGUGUACAUAUACAUUUAGUCAAAGCCAGUAAUGGUGCACAUCGUGCAGGUUUUCCUAACACAUUUCCGGGUUGGGCGGUGUGCACGGAGAAGACGAACUCAUACCUGGCAACAUCCACCCACCGCUGCUUUGUUAACACUUCAUUGAGUCAAGAUGGCAGAUUUCGAAGAGCUCAGCGAUGAAGAGAAGGUCCGUAUCGCUGCCAAUUUUGUGAUGCACGCUCCUCCCGGGGAGUUCAAUGAAGUCUUCAAUGAUGUGCGUCUUCUGCUUAACAAUGAUAGUCUUCUUCGAGAGGGGUCUUCUCAUGCCUUUGCCCAGUACAAUAUGGAUCAGUUCACUCGUGCCAAAAUUGAUGGAUAUGAAGAUCAAGUUCUGAUAACGGAGCAUGGAGACCUGGGAAACGGCCGCUUCUUCGACCCGCACAACAAGAUCUCUUUCAAGUUCGACCACCUGAGGAAGGAGUCCAGCGACCCUCAGCCCCACGAGAGCGAGGCAGCGCUCAGGUCCUGGCGAGACGCCUGCGACUCUGCUCUCAGGGCCUACGUCAAGGAGCACUACCCCAGUGGAGUGUGCACCGUUUACGGGAAGACGAUCGAUGGCCAGCAGACUAUUAUCGCGUGCAUCGAGGGCCAUCAAUUUGAGCCCAAAAACUUCUGGAAUGGCCGCUACAGGUCUGAGUGGAAGUUCAGUGUCUCGCAGUCCACAGCCCAGCUGGUUGGAGUCUUAAAAGUACAGGUACAUUAUUAUGAGGAUGGAAAUGUGCAGCUGGUCAGCCAUAAAGAUAUACAGGAAUCCCUGACUGUUUCCAAUGAGAGCCAAACUGCAAAGGAGUUGGUGAAAAUCAUCGAGGAAGCCGAAAAUGAAUACCAGGUGGCCAUCACUGAGAACUAUCAGACCAUGUCAGACACCACAUUCAAAGCCUUACGUAGACAGCUCCCAGUCACCCGCACCAAGAUUGACUGGAACAAGAUCCUCAGCUACAAGAUCGGCAAGGAGAUGCAGAACGCCUAGAGGGCGGCAGCCUUUGGGGGGGGUUACAAACAACUGGUUGGGGAGAAGCUGACACAACAAUAACGUACUGUAUGUCUUUCAAGAGAGUUUCAGUAUCUGUCGGAGACUAAGAGGGGAUGCCUUCAUUCUGAAAAAUGACAAAGUGGUGUUACUGUUGCUCAUUUCUAAACAUAUAUUUUUAUUUUUUAACAAAUAUUGCCUUUGGUGACACUGUGAAACUUAGACUGGUCCCUGCCAUCCAAAUUCUCACGUAAUUGGUGCAUGUGUCUGAUCCCUCAGUGUUUGACACAGCGACACAUCUUGCUGAAGCUGCUCCCCAGUUCUCGAAUAGCGACUAAUUUACAUCUCCUAUAGAAUAUAGCUAUUACUUUCUGAGAGCUUCCAAUGCCUCUAUUCUUUUUCUUUCUUUUGUUCUGAGAAGGGAAGGACUAAAUGCAGUUUUGAGUUGUUAUCUGACAGGAGAGUUAAAUUGACUUUCAGUGGAAAGAUUCCCACAUUUCUUUUUAAAAUGCAUUUCGGCUGCAAGGUUUGCAUUAACAUAAGUAUCUUUUUAUUUUCUUCCAUUUUUUGUCUUCCCUGUUGAGGAUUAGCUAUCUCUGUCCCCUGAAUUGAUUGACCAUCGGUGUCCUCUUAACAGCUCUUUGCCUUUAGCCUGUGCUAUAUUUUUUUAUACAAACUGUAAGUACAUUUAUUAUUCAUGAAAUAAAAUUAUUGCACCAAAUGGGAAGAUGUCGA